AUGGCUGAUGCGACGGAGAAAGCCGAGCACGAGCGUAUAUUCAAGAAAUUUGAUGCUAAUGGUGAUGGUAAAAUCUCAGCAGCCGAACUGGAAGAAGCUCUUAAGAAACUUGGCUCAGUGACUCACGAUGAUGUGAAACGUAUGAUGACUGAAAUUGAUACUGAUGGUGAUGGAAAGAUAGCGUAUCAAGAAUUCACCGAUUUUGCUGGUCCUAAUCGUGGACUUAUGAAGGAUGUCGCCAAAAUUUUCUAAGAUAGAACUUGUCAUUAUCUUUUGUUUGAGUUUGUCUUGUACCUUUUCAAUAUCAGAGAUUUGGUUCUUAGCAUUAUUAAAUUUUCCUUUUUGUUUGUUGCUAUUACUUCUUUUUGUAAUGAAAUUUAUUUUAUAUCCUAAGAGUCCAAUGUGAUCAUUGCGAU